CACAUCAGCAACCGCGCGCCUCCUCCAAGCGCAGUCAAAUGGCGCCUCUCCAGAGAGUCACAGCGACCAGUCCGACCAGCUGAUGUUAAUUAGAGCAGAAAACGCUUCUCUGAUAUAUUAGUCUCUCUCUGUGCUAUGUUUCUGUGCGAUAUGGUUUUUAUUUAUCUGUGACAAAUGUGGACGUAUAGGAAGACAUUGUGCUUAGUUGUGCAUGGAGCUGAUGAUAUUCUUAUAACGGAUUGAUAACUAAAAGAUUAAUCCUAAGAUCUGGGAGCUGUUUAGCAUCUCUUCAUUUGGACAAGAGACUGAGGUGACUCACUGCAUGCUGAUCACCAACUUCAGAAUCGUCCCAGAUCCGUGUACCAUGAGCAGUUCUCGCUACGAACCCAGCUGGGACGUGGACCUGGCGCCCCUUCUGUCCUGUAAACUGUGCCUGGGAGAGUUUCCCCUGGAACAGAUGACCACCAUCUCCCAGUGCCAGUGCAUAUUUUGCAGUCUGUGCUUGAAGCAAUAUGUUGAACUCCUCAUUAAAGAAGGCCUUGAAACGGCUAUUAGCUGUCCAGACUCUACCUGCCCAAAACAAGGACAUUUGCUGGAAAACGAGAUUGAGUUUAUGGUGGCUAACGAGGUCAUGCAGCAUUAUAAGAGACUCCAGUUUGAGCGAGAGGUGCUUCUGGAUCCUUGUCGGACUUGGUGCCCAUCAUCCUCAUGCCAAGCAGUGUGCCAGCUGAAUGAAUCAGAGGUGCAGUUGCCGCAGCCGGUGCAGUGCCCUCAGUGCAGUCUGCGUUUCUGCUCCACCUGCAGGGCAGACUGCCCCACCGGCCACGCGUGUCAGGAGAGCCUGCCAAUUACCACCUUCCUGCCUGUGGAAAACGGCUCCAACCUCAAGAGUGAGGAGGACGAGGCUCCGAUCAAACGCUGUCCUAAAUGUAAAGUGUACAUUGAGAGAGAUGAAGGCUGUGCCCAGAUGAUGUGUAAGAACUGCAAGCACGCCUUCUGCUGGUACUGCUUGGAGUCAUUAGAUGAUGACUUCUUACUGAUCCACUAUGAUAAAGGACCAUGCCAGAACAAACUGGGUCAUUCCAGAGCCUCCGUCAUCUGGCAUCGGACACAGGUUGUUGGGAUUUUUGCUGGCUUCGGUCUGCUGUUGCUAGUGGCCUCCCCUUUCCUUUUGCUGGCCACUCCUUUCGUGCUUUGCUGCAAGUGCAAGUGUAGACGUGGCGACGAUGACCCUCUUCCCACCUAGAGCAACAUUUCAGCUUCAGGAGGUGACUUUCCACUCAUGUGACAGAGGAUCGGCUGUGAUCCUGUCUUGUUCUCCUGAGCACAACUUUGCAGGUGCAUUGGUAAAAGAUUUAUCUGUCCGUGAGAUGGCACUUUUGAAUAUGCUGACUUGCAUUGAAAGGUGUUACAGAGGAGCAGAGAAGCUGACUGGAUGAGCCAUUGGAGUUAAGCAGAUCUGUAGUGUUUGGAAGCAAACACUUUUGUUUUGUCUUUUGUUACAUUGUCUUGUAUCUUUUCUCAGCAUCACUUUUUCUUCACUUGAUGUGGUAUUAAGGUUAACUAAGCUAUUUUUUAUGCUGUUUAUCCUGAGAUCCUAACAAACACUUGACAGGAAUACAUUUCUUAGCAGUGCUUUCAUAAUAUUCUUGUAGCAUAGUCACAUAACCUCAAUAUCUCAGCCAGUUUUUUUCAGUCUAAUUGCAUAUGCAUGCUGGAGGCCGCGGAUGUUUCACUUCUGUACCUCCAGCAGAGGCUCUA